AGGGUUGCAAAAUUAGGGCUGUCCUCAAAUCUCUCGGCAUUGUUUGUUGAAGCAACGCAGCGCUCUCUCUCUCUCUGGUCUCUCAUCUCCAUCCUUCGCACGAAAUCAUGGGCAAGGGUCCUGGUCUUUACACUGAUAUCGGAAAAAAAACCCGAGAUCUUCUCUACAAGGACUACCAGAGCGACCACAAGUUCUCAAUCACGACCUACUCUCAUACUGGAGUUGCUAUCACUUCAUCAGGAACAAAGAAAGGUGAUCUAUUUCUUGCUGAUGUCAAUACUCAGUUGAAAAACAAGAAUAUUACAACUGAUAUCAAAGUGGACACAAACUCCAAUCUUUUUACAACCAUUACGGUUGAUGAACCUGCUCCUGGGCUGAAGACAAUCUUUAGCUUCAGAAUACCUGAUCAAAGAUCUGGCAAGGUGGAACUUCAGUACUUGCAUGACUAUGCUGGGAUAAGCACAAGCAUUGGAUUGACAGCAAACCCCAUUGUCAACUUCUCAGGUGUUGUUGGGACUAAUGUUGUCGCACUUGGGACUGAUGUCUCCUUUGAUACCAAAACAGGGAAUUUCACUAAAUGCAAUGCUGGAUUAAGCUUCUCCAAAGCUGACCUUAUUGCUUCAUUGACUUUGAAUGACAAGGGUGACACAUUGAAUGCGUCUUACUACCAUAUAGUGAAGCCCUUGACAAACACUUCUGUCGGUGGAGAAAUAACCCACAGCUUCACAACCAACGAGAAUACCCUCACUCUUGGAAGCCAGCAUUCAUUGGAUCCAUUGACCACAGUGAAGGCACGUUUUAACAAUUUUGGCAAGGCAAGUGCUCUCAUCCAGCAUGAGUGGCGCCCAAAAUCAACUUUCACAGUUUCUGGAGAAGUGGACACCAAGGCAAUUGACAAGGGUGCCAAGUUUGGGCUGGCCUUGGCUCUCAAGCCAUAAGCAGGCUAUAUUCAGUUAUGACCGGGAGCAAUAAGAGGUAGGCACAAGGAGCAUGUUACAGUUGCCUGUUUAGGCGUUCUUUUGUUCUUAUGGCAUUGAUUCUCUUCUAUUUUGGUGGUAUUUUGUACUGCUAAAACAAUGUUAGAUGGUUUUUGUUUGCACAUGCUGAUAACUCUGUUAAACCGAUAAUGAGUGAGUAAACCUUGAUACUUGAAGAGGUUUGACUCGAGAUUUUGUUCAGACUUUCUUUGUGAUUCACUUUCAGUAUUUCGUA